AUGCCAUUUCAAGGUGUGCAUGUGUGUUUGAUGGUGUUGUUACUCAGCACUUUAAUCUCUUCAAAGCUCUUUCAGACCUGUCGACUUAUCCGCAGCACCUCAGACCUGCCCGUGUUGGCCAGCAAGGGAGACAUUACCAUUGGCGCCCUCUUCUCUCUACAUGACACAGUGCUGGAAUCUCUACUGUCUUUUACUGCAAAGCCAAAUCCAACGCACUGCUCGGGGUUUAAUUUUCGAACCUUUAGGUGGAUGCAGACAAUGAUUUUUGCCAUAGAGCAGAUCAACAGAGAUAACAGACUCCUGCCCAAUAUAACUCUGGGUUAUAAGAUUUACGACUCAUGCAGUACACAUUUCCAUGCCCUCCGCACAGCCUUGGCCCUGAUGAGUGGUCAUGAAGAAGAUUCGGAGAAUCCUGGGUGCCAAGGCAAAGUACCUGUUGUCAUUGGUGAUGGAGGAUCCACAUUAUCCCUAGUGGUUGCACACUUUUUAGGUGUUUUUCAUGUUCCACAGGUAAGCUAUUUCUCCAGCUGUGCAUGUCUCAGUAAUAAACUCGAGUUUCCAGCAUUUCUGAGGACUAUGCCCAGUGACUUUUUUCAAGUGGAUGCUCUUGCACAGCUAGUGCAACACUUUGGUUGGAGCUGGAUAGGAACUUUCGCAGGAGAUGAUGCUUAUGGUCGUGGAGGUGCUCAAAUCUUCAACGAUGAGGUUAAAAAACUGGGUGCAUGUAUUGGAUUUUAUGAAAUUAUACCAAAGAACCAUGAAAAAGCAGAGAUGUCCAGGAUUGUAAUGAGAAUUCGUGAGACAGGUGCCCGUGUGGUUCUGGUCUUUGCUUUAGAACAAGAUGCAAGGGCUAUCUUUUGGGAAGCCCUUUUGCAAAACCUCACUGGUAUACAAUGGCUGGCCAGUGAGGCCUGGAUCACAGCAGCUGUUCUCUCCACACCUGAAUUUCACUCCAUCCUGCAAGGUUCCAUGGGAUAUGCAAUCCGCAAGGCUGAUAUUCCCGGCCUGCAGCCUUUCCUGCUACGGCUGCAUCCUUCCAAAUACCCUCAGGACCCAUUUGUAUUGCAGUUCUGGCAGGAAAUGUUUAAGUGCUCUCUAGGUAAAGAAAAUGAAAGUUCGCCUCUUAAACCCCCGUGUAAUGGCUCAGAAGUACUAGUUAACACAGGCAACAUUUACUCCGAUGUAUCCCAGCUUAGAAUCUCCUAUAAUGUUUAUAAAGCAGUGUACGCAAUUGCUCACGCUCUGGAUUCAAUGCUACACUGUGAACCAGGCAAAGGACCUUUCAAAGAUGGAUUGUGCCCCAACUCUAGCUCCAUACAACCACAGGAGCUUCUGCAUUAUCUGAAGAAUGUACACUUCACUAAUGAGUUUGGUGAGGAGACGAAGUUUGAUGGUAACGGAGAUCCUGUGGCUAUGUAUGAUCUUAUCAACUGGCAGCUCAGUGACAAUGGAGAGGUGCAGUAUGCCACUGUGGGGAGGUUUGAUGAAACAAUGCAGCCAAAAUUAGUGAUUGAAGAGAAAAACAUCAUCUGGAAUGGAAACCAGAGACAAGUUCCUGUGUCCAUCUGCAGCACCAGCUGUCCUCCAGGCACUAGAAAGGCUACCAGGCCAAACUUUCCUCUCUGCUGCUUUGACUGCAUUCUCUGUACAGCUGGGGAGGUUAGCAAUCAGACAGAUGCCCUAGAGUGUGAAAAAUGCCUGCCUGAGUACUGGUCCAAUACUAGACGAGACACCUGCAUCCCCAAACUGGUCGAAUUCCUCUCCUUCAGCGAUACCAUGGGAAUCGCUUUGCUAGCCGUGGCCUUGCUGGGGUCCUGUUUCACUAUUGCGGUUGCUCUGAUUUUUGCUUUCAAACGUCACACCCCCUUAGUCAGAGCUAAUAACUCUGAGCUCAGUUUCCUCAUUCUCAGCUCCCUGUGGCUUUGUUUUUUGUGUGCGCUACCUUUCAUUGGGCAGCCUACAUCCUGGUCCUGCGGGCUUCGCCACACUGCCUUUGGUAUUGCAUUUUCUCUCUGCCUCUCCUGUAUUCUGGGGAAGACUGUGGUGGUGCUCAUGGCUUUCAGAGCCACUUUACCUGGCAGCAAUGUGAUGAAAUGGUUUGGCCCUCUACAGCAGCGCGCCAUCAUCUUCUUGUGCACGGCCGUGCAAGUGGUGAUUUGCUGCACUUGGCUAAUUGUGGCACCUCCUGUCCCAUUUAAGCUCAUGACCCGUGAAACCGCCCGGAUUAUCCUUUUGUGUGAUGUGGGCUCACCAUUAGCAUUCUCACUGGUGCUGGGUUACAUAGGACUGCUUGCAGCUGUUUGUUUUUUGAUGGCCUUCUUUGCUCGAAAGCUUCCAGACAAUUUCAAUGAGGCUAAAUUCAUUACUUUCAGCAUGUUGAUCUUCUGUGCUGUGUGGAUUGCAUUUGUUCCCGCAUAUGUAAGCUCACCGGGCAAGUACACAGUGGCUGUGGAGAUUUUCGCCAUUUUGGCCUCCAGUUACGGCCUGCUGUUGUGUAUCUUCACCCCGAAGUGUUACAUCAUUCUGCUUAGACCUGAGAAAAAUACAAAGAGAUAUUUGUUGUCCAAAUCCGGCAAGAAAGAAUAUAUUAAAAACAAAAUUUGA